AUGACGUCGGAAUACUCGGUAGAGGCAGUGCUGCUGCUGGACAAGGACGGAAAGCGACUCUUCACCAAGUACUACUCGCCCCCACACGGCGACGUGCAAUCACACGAGCAGCUUCAGACCCUGACGACACUCAAGGACCAGCAGACGUUCGAAAAGGGCCUGGCGCAGAAAACCCAUCGACAGAAUGGUGACGUCAUCAUCUUCGACAACAAGGUGGUCGUGUACAAGACGGUUGUGGACGUGACUCUGUACGUGGUCGGAUCGUUUGAGGAGAACGAGGUGAUGCUGUACCAGCUGGUUGCCGGCAUCAAGGACGCGCUGGAGAUUCUGCUCAAGCACUCGUUCGACAAGCGGUCUGUGCUCGAACACUUUGACCUGGUGGCUCUGGCUAUCGAUGAGGCCGUCGACUCGGGCGUCAUUCUCGAGAUCGAUCCCGUCGUCAUCGCAAGUAGAGUCACCCCCGCACCCGCCAAGGAAAGCAUUGCGUACGGAGGAGUGGAGAUCAACGAACAAACCAUCUCGAACGUGUACCAGAAGUGGUCGCAGCGAGCUGGCAAGUUUUUCAGCUAG